GUUUGACCAGCUUUAUAAGUUUCAGACACUGUGAGGACAUUUGACCACACUGACAGGAGUGUGUCUGUGUGAUUAAAGUGGAUUAGUGUGUGCUGGGGAGCAGUAGCAGUUGGAGGCGAGCAGCAGGCGGCUGGCAGCUCUGAGAUACAGAGAGCGAGCUGGAGAUCACAGGUGACAUCAUCAGCAGGUGACAUCCUUCCCAUGGUGCCCUGCAGCCUCAGAGGUCACCAUGGAAGACCAGUCUUUCCCAGAAUGCCAAGCUCAGGAGCUGUUUGAUGAGUUUGUAUCAGCAUCAACCUGCAGGGCGGCGCUGCACUCCUUCAGCCAGCUUUGUGAACAUCUGCAGCUGGACCCAAGCACUGCCGAAAGGCCACUGUACCGACCGAUUAAACGCCGCCUUAACUACUGGAGGGCGAAUGGUCUGUGGGCCAAGCUGGACCGGAGGGGGGCGCAGGAGGAGUACCAGAGGGCGCGAGCCUGCAGCGAUGUGACUUGUGUUAUCAUUGGUGCAGGGCCUUGCGGUCUGCGGACAGCAGUGGAGCUGAGCUUCAUGGGAGCUCGAGUGGUGCUGCUGGAGAAGAGGGACUCCUUCUCCAGGAACAAUGUGCUCCACUUAUGGCCCUUCACCAUCCACGACCUGCGGGGCCUCGGAGCCAAAAAGUUCUAUGGAAGGUUUUGUGCCGGCUCCAUCGACCACAUCAGUAUUCGCCAACUGCAGCUUGUCCUGUUGAAGGUCGCCCUGCUCCUGGGGGUCGAAGUUCAUGUCAACGUGGAGUUUAAAAAGCUGGUGGAGCCAGCAGAGGACCAGCACAGACACAAGCUGGGCUGGAGAAUGGAGGUGAGUCCAAAGAAUCACCCUGUGAGUCAGCUGGAGUUUGAUGUAAUAAUUGGAGCAGAUGGACGCAGGAACACACUGCCAGGUUUCAGGCGUAAAGAGUUCAGGGGGAAGCUUGCCAUCGCCAUCACAGCAAACUUCAAGAACAGAAACACCACAGCUGAAGCCAAAGUGGAGGAGAUCAGCGGUGUGGCAUUCAUCUUUAACCAAAGGUUUUUCCAGGAGCUACGGCAGGAAACUGGGAUUGACUUGGAGAAUAUUGUGUACUACAAAGAUGACACACACUAUUUUGUGAUGACAGCAAAGAAACAGAGUCUAUUGGAAAAAGGAGUCAUUCUGCAGGAUUUUGCAGACACAGAGCUGCUCCUCUCUCGAGGGAACGUUGACCAGAAUGCAUUGCAGGCAUAUGCCCGUGAGGCUGCAGACUUCUCCACCAAUCACCAGCUGCCAACUCUGGACUUCGCCAUGAAUCACUAUGGUCAGCCUGAUGUUGCCAUGUUCGACUUCACCUGCAUGUAUGCAUCAGAGAACGCUGCUAUGGUUCGCCAACGCCACGGACACCAGCUGCUGGUCACACUGGUUGGAGACAGCCUAUUGGAGCCCUUCUGGCCGAUGGGGACGGGAGUCGCUCGAGGGUUUCUGGCAGCUCUGGAUUCGGCUUGGAUGAUACGAAGUUGGGCUCAGGGCGCAGCUCCUCUGGAUGUCCUGGCUGAGAGAGAGAGUUUGUACCGUCUCCUCCCUCAGACGACUCCAGAGAACAUGCAAAAGAACAUCACUCUGUUCUCUGUAGAUCCAACAACAAGAUACGUGAAUACCAGCCUUUUGACCGUCACACCUGCCCAGGUGAGGCACCUGGUUGACACAGGAGAAGAGGUGGGGCUAACCACAGACUGCAGUGAUAUCAUCCGGCUCCCCUCCCCCAGAUACCUCAGACAGGAAUCCUUCUCUCGAUCCAAUCAGCUGCUGACUUGGUGUCAGGAACAGACUUGUGGUUACCAUGGCGUUAAUGUUACUGACCUGACUACUUCCUGGAGGAGUGGCCUCGCCCUGUGUGCUCUUAUCCACCGAUACCGAUCUGAUCUGAUAGACUUUGACUCUCUGGACGAGUCAUCAGUGGAAGAAAACACUCGACUCGGCUUUGAUGUGGCUGAACAAGAGUUUGGGAUUUCUCCAUUGAUGACGGUGGAGGAAAUGUCGUCUGUGGAAGAGCCUGACUCUCUGUCGAUGGUCAUGUACCUGAGCCAGUUUUACCAACUGCUCAAAGACUCGCCGCCCCCUAUGGGCUGCUUGAGGCACAUCACUGACCUGCGAUCAGCUCUCAUCGCUCCCGCCUCCCUCCUCAGCCGACUGGGAACCAGUUUGUCCAGGAAGAGAAACCCAAAGGAGCAUGGGGGGGCAUUGGGUAAAAAGAGGAAGACCAGUCAGCAGAGUCGAGAGCAGCAGGAGUCAUGUGACCUGAAUGGUGAUGUUGAGAGCCAGUCAUUUGAGGAGGAGUUUGUGGGUGGGGCCAGUCGGUCCAGAGUUCGUUUGAUGGCCAAUCAGCUACAGGCAAAGCUGCAUGAAAGUUCAUCUACCUGCAGGACAUCUUCUUCUGCUGCUGCUGCUGAUUUCCGUCGACAAAAAAAAAGAACUCUUCAGCAGGAGCAGAUGAGUUUUCGAUUCAAACAGAAGCUCAAGGCUCAGGCAGUUCUCGAUGGGGACGAACAGGCCUCUGCCAGCUGCAGUCACGUCUGUUUCUUCUGUAAGCAGAGGGUUUAUGUGAUGGAGCGUCUCAGUGCAGAGGGCUUGUUCUUCCAUCGCAGUUGCUUCCAGUGUGGUUCCUGCAGCAGUCCCCUCCGCCUGGCCUCGUACACAUACGACCAGCACGCCGGGAGGUUUUACUGCCUGCAGCGCUCCGAAUGUCACCUAAGUGCUCAAGCCGUGAGGAAGAGGCCGACGCCAUCUGACAGAGCUGUGUCACACCGAACGUCAAUCGGGUCCCAGAGCUCGGCGCCAUCUCUGUCUGACUCUCUGAUUUCAGCAGGCCGCCGACCAUCCUCAGCUGCUUCUCUAAUGGCGGCGACGCCGGAGAGGAUCGAGCUGGAAAUCUGGCACCGGAGCUCAGAGGCGGAGCUGCAGGAGGAGCUGGAGGAGGUUUCCGAGGAGGUCCUGAACCUAUUCAACCUGAGCACCGACAAUCAGACGGGGUCCAGGUCCAGAAGUUCAGAGUCAGACAUGGAGGAGGAGGCAGAGGGAGGAGGCUGUGUAACCUCAGACGAGACGAGAUCUUCAUCGAGAGAAACGCUGCAGCUUUACCUGAAAGUCCAGGAGGAGGAGGAGGAGGAAGGCAGUGACAUGGAGUCCAGCGAUGAGGGGGAGUACGACCCCUGGGAGAUGGAGCGCCGCUCGGGCUUAUGGCUCCUGUUAGAGGAGGAGACAGAGGCGGAGCUUCCUCCUUACAGCUCUGACACACCUGUUCAGCCUGACUCCACCUCUUCCAUGAACUCAUCUGUGACUCCACACCCUGUCGCCACCACCGCCAGCACAGCCUCCUUCAUCACCACACCUGACUCCCCUCACAUUGAGGAUGGAGCCAGAGUGUCACUCACACCUGCCAUUGUCAUGGAGACACCUGCUGCCAGUGGGCGGGGCUCAUUUGACAACAUCACACCUGAACUACCGCAAAAUAGGCCCCUCCUCCUGCAAGAGAAAGGGGAGGGGUCAGAGGAGGACCCAGGAACAUUUAGGAGGAAGAGGAGGACGACGAGACGGCGAGAAGCUCAUAGCCUCCCCCCUAGACUCCUCUUCCCCCCCCUGCAGCCUGGGGGCAGGGCUCUCCUCUUUAAGAUGCUCAGAGAGGCUCCUCCCCCUGGGGAGAUGGAGCUGGGAGGGGUUGGAGCCAGAAAUCUAUUAAAGACUGUGUUUUCUGGAAACAAGAAUGAGCAGAAGAAGAAGGGGGGUGGGACUUUACCUGCAGAGAGGGUGAAGGAGAAAACAGCCAGUCAGAGAUUCACAGAUGUGAGAGCAGAGGUGUCAGAUCUUGAAUCAUCCACCGUGUUGCAGAGAUGUUCCCUGAAGCCCCAAAACAACCUGCGUUUGGAGUUGCUUGACCUGACCAAUGAAAUUCAGAGGGUUGCCAUCGAGGAGGAGGAGAACCAGGAGCCGCCAUACGUUCCUCACGCUCUGGCUUUCAAACGAUCAUACGCCAUCAAGAGACGCCCCCUGAAAGACAGAGUCCCGCUACAGGACUCUGAUGGCCAGUCUUCCUGCCCCACGGAGGUGGUGGGGGUCCUGGUCCAGCCGAAGGAGGCAUCCAGUUUGAGCGUGAAGGAAACCAUGUUCCAGAGGGAGCAUGAGGAUGACGACAAUGACCUGGACACCAGAAUCACGCGACGGGUUCAGAGAGCCGCAAGGAGACAGGCCAAACAGGAAGAACUGAAAAGACUCCACAAGGCCCAGAUGAUCCAGAGGCAGCUGCAGCAGGUGGAAGAGAAACAGAGGCAGCUGGAGGAGAGAGGAGUGAUGGUGGAGAAAGCUCUGAGGGGAGAAGCAGAUUACUGGGGAGAAUCCAGCCAAAGCGCAGACAUGGAGCUUCACCUGGGAGGGCUCGGGAAACUGGAUAAUCCGCCGCUGAUGCAGCAGUGGUUCCAGCUGGUCCAGCAGAAGAACGUUCUGGUCCGAUAUGAAGCUGAGCUCAUGAUCUUCGCUCGAGAGCUGGAGCUGGAGGACCGGCAGAGUCGCCUGCAGCAAGAGCUCCGAGAGAGGAUGGCUGUGGACGACCACCUGAAGGACGAGGAGCAGCUGGCUGAGGAGCGUCUGAUCCUGGAGGAGAUGCUGGAGGUGGUUGAGCAGAGAGACUCUCUGGUGUCCCUGCUGGAAGAGCAGAGACUGCAGGAGCGACAGGAAGACAGGGACCUGGAGCAGCUGAUGGUGUCUGGAGGACUGGGACUCACCUGGACCUGAGGUGGUCAGACUUUCUGUCUCACCUGUCAGAGGUCUUUAAACCCACCUGGACGCAGGCAGGGAUGAUAUGUUUAAAACUGCAAACUGUCGAGUUGACCUGAGGAGAGUCUGGUUUAGUGCAGGUAAACAGUCCAGAUGGAGAGAAACAAUUACAUUUAUUAACGUUUUAAAACUGAUUCAUAAAAACGAGCAGAAACAGGAUGUCUUAGUCUGAAAUCAGCUGACCUCUAAUGUUUCCUUAGAGGUUAGUCAUGAGAGCAGCUUGAUGGAUUAAAUCUAGCAGAACCCAAACAGAUACAGGAUGGUCUGAACUGAACCAUCCAAUCAUGUGUGAUGAUGUCAUUCACCCCAGAGAAGAUGGGAAAAACCUCCACUUUUCUGACUGCAGGAGUUAGUACUAAUGCUAACAGCCUGUAUUAGCUAUAGUGAUGGAAAACUGACAUGGCUGCUAGCCAAUACCAUGCUACUGCUACUGCUAACCAGCUACCAUAACCCACUAGCUGUGUUGCUACCUGGAGUAAAAGUAAGCUAAUCUAAAUGAAGAGGUGUUUGUGCAGCUUGUCCUGGUGCAGAGUUUAAAUAUCUGUAACUACUCGAGAGAGAGAGAGCACAAAGGUGGACUUCAGCUCUCAGUGCUGAGCUAUCUUAAAACUCCAUUCUUUCUACUGACAACAGGGGUAAACUCCUCUGAUCUGAGCUCAGUAAACUCUUUCCUGAGGAGUUUACAGUCUCAGAUGCUGGUUAAUUAAUUACAUGCUGUGUGUCAAAUGUUUGAAUACAGUAGAAUAGAAUAGCCCUUUACUGUCAUUGUACAUGCACAACAAAAUUGUGGAGGCUCCACCCCAGCAGUCAGGAGUAAAAUAUAAAAACUAGACUGCAAGAAUUCAAGAACUCAAAAGUGGGCUCAAUAGGCAGGUAGACUAAUGAAUCAAAUUAAUUCUACUAGAAACCAGUUGUAUACAAGAACUGGACCCAUUCCUAAUAUUUUAGAUAUUAAAACUGAUAUUAAAACAUUUAAAACAGUGUAUUUAAAUCCUUUGAGGCCGAACCCUCUGGUCUCAUAUCACUGUUUUUAAAACUCUUUUAUAAAGUUUAGGCACUCUUAAAAUAAGCUAACACUCACUAAAGAUGUUUGAGCAUUUCACAAACAGAGCCUUUGUGGUCCUUUAGUAUCUCUGGUGACUCCUGAUGAUGGCUGGGACCUGGUGGGGUUGGUGGAUGUGGUUUUUGACACAAAAGUUGUUUUUUUUAACAAAAACUUUAAUAUUUAAUAAAAAAAAUGUUUUAAAACAUCUGAUGAACCAUGUGACCCAGCCUCAAUGACAUUUUUAUUUAAUUGAUUACUGAUUGUGCCAUCAGAUCACCUGUGUGCCUUACCUGCCACCUUAUCGAUAACAUGUGUUCAUGCGGUGAUGAUGGUUAUUACUGUAACUCUGUGCUGUGAAAUAAACCUCUCAUUUCUGACA